AUCAGGUGACGCGAGCCCCAGAGGCCCUGGAGGCAGAAGCCGGUGGGCCGCAUUCUGAGCGCAUCGUUGGGUAGGUGCGGAGGCGCCUCGGCGAUUUCGGUGCUGGGACCCUGGGCCUGACGUCCUUGGGGCGCGAAGGAUCCACACAUAAAGGUGCUAAGAGCAGAGCUGACUUGGCCAGGUCCUGAGGCGCUGAGUCCAAAGCAAUGCUUCUGAAAAUAGUGCUCUUGCUGGCCCUGGUGGCCCAGGUGCUGGUGCUGGACAAUGGGCUCCUGCAGACGCCCCCCAUGGGCUGGCUGUCCUGGGAACGCUUCCGCUGUAACACAGACUGCGACGAGGACCCAAAAAACUGCAUCAGUGAGCGCCUCUUCAUGGAGAUGGCUGACCGGCUCGCAAAGGAUGGAUGGCGGGACCUAGGCUACGUCUACCUCAAUAUCGAUGACUGCUGGAUUGGUGGGCGCGAUGCCAAAGGCCUACUGGUGCCUGAUUCCAAGCGCUUCCCUCACGGCAUCGCCUUCCUGGCUGACUAUGCUCACUCCCUGGGUCUGAAGCUGGGCAUCUAUGAGGACAUGGGCAACUUAACCUGCAUGGGUUACCCAGGCACCACACUAGACAAGGUGGAACAGGACGCCCAAACCUUCGCCGAGUGGAAGGUGGACAUGCUGAAGCUGGAUGGCUGCUUCUCGACCCGGAUGGAUCGGGCCAAAGGCUACCCCAUGAUGGCUACUGCACUGAAUGCCACGGGCCGCCCCAUCGCCUACUCCUGCAGCUGGCCAGCCUACGAAGGAGGCCUCCCCCCCAUGGUGAACUACAGUCUGCUGGCGGAAACCUGCAACCUCUGGCGCAACUAUGACGACAUCCAGGACUCCUGGAAGGACGUGCUGUCUAUCCUGGACUGGUUUGUGCUCCACCAGGACAUUCUGCAGCCAGUGGCUGGCCCUGGGCACUGGAAUGACCCAGACAUGCUGAUCAUUGGGAACUUUGGUCUCAGCUUUGAGCAAGCCCGGGCCCAGAUGGCCCUGUGGACAGUGCUGGCAGCACCUCUCUUCAUGUCCACAGACCUGCGUACCAUCUCCGCCCAGGACGUGGAGAUUCUGCAGAAUCCGCUCAUGAUCAAAAUCAACCAGGAUCCCUUGGGCAUCCAGGGACGCAGGAUUCUUCAGGAAAAAUCCCAAAUUGAAGUGUUCAAGCGACCCCUGUCUGAUGAGGCCAGCGCCCUGGUGUUCUUCAGUCGCAGGACAGACAUGCCUUUCCGCUACCGCUCGACCCUGGGCCGGCUGCGGUUCCCCAGCUCCAGAGUGUAUGAGGCCCAAGACGUCUUCUCGGGGCAGAUCAUCACGGGCCUCCGGGACAAAACCAACUUCACAGUGAUUGUCAACCCGUCUGGGGUGGUGAUGUGGUACCUGUAUCCCAUCAAGAGCCUGGCGAUAUCCAAGUGGAAGUCCCAGGACUGAGGAGCCAAGGCGGAUGACAGGCUGUGGCGGCCCUGCUGAGCCCGCACCGUGGAGCCCUGGCAUGCCGGGGCCAGUGAGCAGGCCCCUCUCCUCCCCAGGCCUGCUCGGCCGCCUGACCGCAUCAUUCCCAGAGUGCAAUUGCAGGGCCAGACGCCAUGCUCGCCCAAGUGUGAGCCCUCUUGGAAACCUCUCGGGGAAUUUCCUGUAGCAUUGUGGGCCUCUACCUCAUCUCCACGGCCUCACAGAUGUUGCUGAACAACUCGACGAGCCUUCUGGGCCCCCACCAGCAGGGGCACUGAUGCCUUUCAGGACUCGGGCCGCUGGCCCUGUUGUUGAUUCUGAACCACGAUUAGGAAUUUUUCUAGCUAGAGGUAGAGAUACGACCUCUUGUCAAACUCAUGAACUAUGUGAUUGGCUGAUAGCACCUGGAGUUUGGGUCACAAGGGAGACCUUGAGUCCCUUACAUCACCAAUAAAGCUGUUCUUUAGAUGCGUAGUUAUCAAUGAA